UCCUUCCUCCCUCCCGCCUCUUGCUCUGCUUCCUCCCUCCCGCCUCUUGCUCUGCUUCCUCCCUCCCUCGCCUCCUUGCCAGCCAGCCUCCCUCCUCUCCCCUCGCCUCGUGCCUAGUCAGUCAUGAGUCAGCGCUACAUUUCUCGCGACGGCCACCUCUCGGGAGAGGUGCCUCUGCAUCGCCAGAUCCGGCAGUUUUUCAUCACCCUGCUGGCCUUCAUCCAGCUGUUCUUCCUUUCCCUGAACCCGUUCCGAGUCGCCGACGGGAGCACCGGGUCCUCGGGAGCCGCGCCGGCCGGGCGCACGGCCGGCAGCGGCGCCGGCGCUCCGCAUCGGCCAACUACCGGCAGGCGGCGGUAUGGGGUGCCGCCCCCGCCACCGAGCGGCUGCGCCGGCGGCUCUUGCAUGAUCCCCCCCGGCCCGCCGUAGGGGCACCGCCCUGCGGCCCGCCCCUUCGCAUGUGCGGGUUUGCCAUGAUCGGCUGCCCGAUGCUGGGGAAGAAAAAUAAAACCCCUCCCAGGAGAGGGAUGCCUAUCACCCCA